AUGAAUUCAUACAACAACCAAGGCUAUGCAUACAAUGCAGGCCAAAACCAGCAGCAGGCGAAUCUCUUUCAGGCACAGCCGACCGGGUACCAGUUUGGUGCACAGGUUCAGCAACCUCAGGCUACAGGAUGGGGGAUUCAACCUCAGAUGAUGUCUCAACAGACAGGAUACCAGACACAGCCACAGAACCAGCAGCAGCAGCCAAUAGGAGUGCAGCAGACGGGAUUUCAGCCACGCACCUCGUUUGGGCAGAAGUUGCAGGCACAGGUUACCGGCUGGCAGGCCCCACAACAACAGGAAACACCGCCACAAAGUGGCUUUCAAGCACAGCCACAGACAAGUUUCCAGGCACAACCACAAAAUGGCUUUCAAGCACCGCCACAAACAAGCUUCCAGGCACAGCCACAGAUGCAGUUCAAGCCGCUCAUGGCUCAGCCAACGGGUGUGUUCAUUCGUUCCCUUAACGAAACCUCAACACAGCCAAAAAAGAACACAGAGCUCAAGAUUCCAAAUAUCCGGUUGUCGUUUAUCAGUGCACGUGACCAGGAGAGAUUCCAGGGCAUCUUCCGGCAGAAUAUUAGGGCAGGCGAGAAUGCAGUGGAUGGAUCUACUGCCAGACAGAUUCUAAUGCGGUCAAACUUGGAUGCUUCGACACUUGCCCAAAUCUGGGAGUUAUGUGACACGAACAAGUCCGGAAAGCUUCUUUUUCCGGAGUUUGCACUUGCCUUGUAUCUCUGCAAUCGGGCAAUACGGGGAGAUGCCGUUCCGUCGGCACUUCCAAGCAAGGUUCACAACGAGGUUACCAGUUUUGUUGAUACAAUCAAUUUUGGAGUUCCUGACUCACAGGAGAGGGAGGAUAGUCAGAAUGGAAUUGGGUCACAGAAUGGAUUUGCACCUCAAACGACCGGAUUUGCACCUCAAACGACCGGAUUUGCACCCCAAACUACCGGGUUUGCACCCCAAACUACCGGGUUUGCACCCCAAACUACCGGAUUUGCACCCCAAACGACUGGAUAUGGUGCACAGCCUCCAGUCACAUUCAACUCGCAGCCAACUGGUGUUGCAGGCCAGCCCAAACCGCUUGCCUUGCAGCCAACUGGUGUACAGGUGUCUCCUCAGGCUCUGAACCUCCAGCCGACUGGUGUACAGGUGCAGCAGACCGGGUUCGGAAUGCCUCCACAAACAUCAUUUGUGGCGCAGCCAACCGGCGGGUACGGUCUCGGUGUGCAGCCGACGGGACUUGUGGCUCAACCGACGGGAAAACCGGGUCAAUGGGGAUUUGUGUCGAUGCCAACGGGAAAUUUGCCCGGUUUGGACAUGAUGAAAACACAGUUUAUGCCCAAUGCAACCCAGGCAAACUAUAAUAUGGCGGCCUCAAUGGGUGGAACCAGGGCUUCAAAUGUCACGUGGGCAAUCACAAAACCAGAAAAGCAGAUCUACGACAACAUCUUCAGGAAGUGGGACACCGAGAAAAACGGAUACGUGAGCGGGGAGGUUGCAAUUUCCGUUUUCGGCAAGUCCGGGUUGAGCAGAAGCGACUUGGAGUCGAUCUGGAACUUGGCAGAUAUCGGAAAUAAGGGCAAAUUGGACAAAGACGAGUUCAGCGUUGCCAUGCACUUGAUCUAUCGGCGUUUGAACGGAUUCGACAUCCCUACACAGCUUCCCCCUGAGUUGGUUCCUCCUUCCUCGCGUCUUUUGCAGGAGACGAUGCAUGCAAUGAAGAAUCAGCUCAAGGAUGGUUCCGGAAACGGUAAAAGUGCCGCCGGCACGUCCGCUGGAAGCGUUUCUGCCGCCUCGUUCAGAAACAACGACGACGACAUCGAGUAUGUGAGUAGUGCACGGCACAGAAGCUACAGACAACCGAAGAACGAGGAUGAAGAAGAUUUGGAGGAGUCAGGCCAGAAGUCAGGUGAGAAACCUCGGCAGAAAUCCGUGCUUGACCGUUUGCGGAAGCAGAUUCGCGAGAAGAAGAUCUUGCUCGAUUCGGCAGAUGCACAGGAUGAAGACCGGCAGAGAGAGAUGGACUCGGAUAUGAGAGAAAUCAACUCCCUGAAAGAGCAGAUCCAGAAUCUUCAGACCCGGAUCGAGGACUCGGCAAGCGGCACUUCGGCCGAGGAGAAGAGAAAGCUGAUGCAGCGUCUUCAGAAGUCGUUUGGGCAGGUUCCAUCACUUGUGGAUGAGAUCAGGCGGGUUGCAGAUCAGGUGAGUGCAACAAAGCUGGAGUUGUACCGGUGCAAAUUGCAGAAAAGCAACCCUACAGGCAUUUCGAUUAAAGGUACGGGACCAAACGGCGAGGUAACAAACAGAGACAGGAGAAUUGCCAAGCAGAAAGCAUUGAUCCAGGCCAGAAUGGCACGGUUAACCGGUCGGCCGGCUCCAAACAUCGAUGCCUUUGAAAGCAACGAGGAAAAACUCGAGCAGGAGUCGAAGAAGGCGCGGCAGGAGGCUGAGGAGACUACUGGGGCCGUCCAGGACAUCGACGCGUCGAUUGGCGAGAUGGUCAAGGACAUCCAGUCUUCUUUAUCUGUGAGCAACACCUCUGAGGCCGGUUACAGGAAGUGGGAGUUGGCCGAGGGUGUUGUUUCAGGCGCAGUUAGGAGUUUUAUUGGCCAGCUAAACGGUGCCAGGAGGCAGAUGCCGCAUAAUGCAGCAAGCAGCAAUGUGCCACCACAAAAUGCUGCGGUGUCUUCAGGUUUGGCCACCAUAUCUGGGGCAGUUCAGCAGGCAAGAAGCAAUGUGGAGGAUCGUGCGAAGCGGAUCAAGGAGAAGGCCGAGAAGAGGAUGAGGGAUCGGUUGGCAAAACUUGGGAUUAGGACUCGGAGAGAGGACGAGGCAGUGAAGGUGGAAGAAGUGGAAGAAGUGGGAAAAGCAGCCUCAGAAGCAGUUCCAAACGCAGUUCCAAAAACAGUUCCAAAAGCAGCCCUCAAAACAGCUCCAAAAGCAGCUUUACAACAACCUAAACCUUCUACUCCUCCCCAACAUGCUGCUGUAGAACCAAUCGAGACUGCCGAAGAAGACGAAGACGAAGAAGAUGAGGAAAUCAAAGCUCUUCUCGCACAAAAAAAGGCCUUGGAAGAAAAGGAAAAAGAGCACAAGCGGAAGAAGCAGGAAAGACGUGCAAGGAGAAUUGCAGAGUUGAAAGCACAGAUGGAGGCCUUGAGAAAAGAAGAGGCAGAUGACAGCAGUGAAGAUGAGGUUCCAGUUAAAAAGGAAACUCGGCCUGUUGCACCGCCUCCAGUACCAGCUUCACGUGUUGUUUCUGGCAGUAGCAAGGCAGGCAGUGCAGAAAAAGCAGCAGGAAAUGCAGAAAAAGCGGCAGGUGGAGUUCCGGCAAUCAAUAACAAUCCAUUUGCACACAUGGCAAAGGCAGAACCUGCACAGAAAGCAGGUGAGAAGGCAGAAAAACCGGAGAAAGCCGAGAAAUCCAAAGCUGAGGUUAUGAGAAACAACAAUCCGUUCUUCAAGUCUGCACACAAAGGGCCGGAAAUCGACACGCAGAAGUUGGAAGCACAGCGUGCUGCACAGAGAGGUCUUGGAGAUGAUGGAUGGUCCGAUGAGGAAGAGAGCAAGGGGGAGAAUGAAGAUAGUGAUGAUGAGAUUCCAAGCAGCUCAAAGCAGGCUGCGUUGGCCGACAUGCUCUUUGGGGGUGGCAGCCGGCAGAAUAGUGUAAAAACCGAUGAUGAGAAGGGAAGAAGUGGAAGUGACAAGGCUGAAGAAAAGAAGGAAGAGGAGAAAAGCGAGCUAACUGGCCAGGCAACGUCUCAGGAAGAAACAGAAGAUGAGUGGGCGGAUGCUGCUUCUAAGGCCCCAAGUUCUGGUGUAAGUGGUGAAAAUACGCAAGAAGGUUCAAGAGAGGGAUCUGCACCGGCGGAAAUUCCACCUGCACCUCCUAUUCCAGAAGUUUCUGCACCUGUUGCACCUCCUAUUCCGGAAGGAUCGGUUCCAGAAGCUUCUGCACCAGUACCACCUCCUGUUCCUCAAACUUCAGCACCACUUCCACCCCCUGUUCCCCAGUCUUCAGCACCAAUUCUACCCCCUGUUCCCCAGUCUUCAGCACCAAUUCCACCCCCUGUUCCCCAAGCUUCAGCUCCAGCCAAAAAUUCUUCAGCUGAAAUUCCGCAGAAUACAAUCGGUGCAUUGCUCGGCGAAAUAAACGUAGGAACUAAGCUCAGAAAAGUGGACAAGUCGCAGCAACAUAUCACCACAGGUGCUACUGUUGGCAGAGUGCUAUAA